AUGCAAAACGUUGCACUCGCUGACACUCCGUCAUCAAUGUCUCAGCCACGGCAAGCGGAGAAGCCAGAAUCCACGCAUACACAAAAGGAUAUAGAUAAAGCUGAAAAAGAUCGGGAAAAGCAAGAAAAGGAUCGAGCGGAGGCUGAGGCGCGGGAGGUCGAGCGGCAGAAGGCUGAAAAACGGCGACGGGAAGAGGAACGUCGAGCACAAGACCUCGAGCUCGAGCGCGUACGACGAGAGAAGGAACAGCUGGUUAAAGAGGAGGAAGCUAGAAAGCGUCGAAUGGAAUUAGAACGCAAAGAAAAGGAAGCGGAAGAGACCCGACGAAAGGAGGCGGAAGAAAAAGAGCGAGCUGAAGCCAAGAGAAGGGAGGCAGAGAUAGCCAAGCAAACGGAGCAGACCAGUGUGGUAGAUCAGCUCGAAAAUGAUCCCCUGAUGGCCAAGUAUAUUUCAAUAGUGAAAGAACGAAGAGAAAAAGAAAAAGAGAAGGCAACAGCAGCGCCAUCAGUCGCUAACCAAGUUGAAGACCUAAUGAAAAAGUUGGAUACGUCAUCCAUGCUCUCCAGCAGGUCGUCCAUAUCUGGCCUCAACUUUGGGGCAGGAGACACGGCAGAUGAAGUCAGCGCUCCUGGAUUCGAUGAAACUACGGAGGAUGAUGGGUGGUAAACCCUAGAAAAGAGUUGUACAAAAGUGCUUAAAUUAUUGAACAUAGUUUCGUAUUAUUUUUCGGUAUGUGACCAUGCAAAUUAUCCAUCAGAGCUGUAUCUACAUAAAUUCAGUUAUGCGAUAAAAGAAAUCUCUACUUGUGAAAUCUUCGUCAAUCAUCAUCUUCAUGAUGCACAUAGUCCAGAUAUCUAUCGCUUUCCAGCAAGAAAU